AUGACGUCUACUUAUAUAAAUGAAAUAAGAAAAAAGCAGAAAGAAUAUUUAGGUUAUUUAUUUAAUAAGUUUGAAAAAUAUUCAAAUGAAAAGUUUUUAAAUAAUUUAAUUACGAAAUCAAUAAAUGAAAUAUCUCUGUAUCCAUUCCAAGAUGUUAAUGAUAAUGAAGUAGUUGAUGAUAUUAAUGAUUUUAUCAACGAGCUAAUUAUUAAUGCACAGUAUAAAAAGAAAAGUGUUUUUAAACAUUUAUGUGAAAAUUUUCUUAGUGAUAAUUUUUAUAUAUAUAAUGAAAAUGAUAGAUAUGAAUUAAAAUAUGUUAUAUUAAAAUUAUUGUUUUUAAUAAGUGAAAGUUCAAAAAAUGAAAAUAUAAAACAGGUUGAUUUAUUGUUUGAGAAAUAUUUCUCUACAAAGAAUAAACACAAUGAAGAAAAGCAGGAAAAAAAAAAAAAACGACAAAAUGGAUAUAUGCAUAAAUUAAAUAUGAAUGAAAAAUUAGCCUUGAAUGAAAUAAACAAUUAUAAUAUUCAAGAAGAAGAAAAAUAUUUGAAGGAGUUUUAUUUAAAUCAUAGUAAUUAUGUAAAUUAUGAUAACCAUGUUGAAAAACGUGACGACAACUUUUAUAAUUAUGAUGAAAAUAAAUAUAAUGAUGAUAUUUAUACACAAUGCUCUUCAGCAUCUGAAAAAUAUGAAAUGACUGAAAACAAAAGUAAAGAAAAAGCAUCUGAUGAGAGUAUUAAAAUGAAUAAUCAAGAAACAUAUGAAAAAAAUAAUUCUAGCGAUUUUUAUGAAUCACAAAAUGGAUCCAUGGAAAAUUAUAUGAAAAAUAAAAAUGAACUGGUUUAUGAAAAUGUUAUUAAGAAAAUAUUUGAAUGUAUUUACACUUAUCCUUAUUAUGAACAUAAUACAAAUAGAAUUCUAAAAAAAAAAACACCUAGAUCAAGAAAAAAUAAUGAUAUAUAUACAAUACCUCAAUCAGAUAAAUACAAUACGUAUAAUAAAGAUAAUUCAAAUAAAGAGACAAAAAAUUUGCAAAAAAAUCAUUCCAAUAAUGUAAUGUCCAUUUCUUCUGAUGAUGAUAUAUUUAUAAGCAUGAAAAGAAGACAGAAUAAAAAAAAAAGCAAAUAUGAAAAGAAUAUGUAUAAAUUGAAACCAAAAAAGCAAUACUUUUUUAAUGAUAUAAAUGUGUAUGAAGAAGAAACAUAUGAAAAUAACAAUAUCUUAGAGAAUGAAAAUGAUAUAAUUUAUGAAACGGAUAUAUAUAAUUUACGUAAUGUAUUUUUUACAGAUAAAAAAAUUAAUCAUCACGAAGUAAGGGAUAAACAUGAAUAUGAUCAAAAUAGUAAUGACUAUAAAAAGAAAGAAAAGAAAGAAUUAUCUAAUCAGAUGUAUGAUAAAAAUGUUUAUAUAAACGACACAAAUCAAGUUGAUAAUAAAUCAAACGACAACAUCCAUAAUAAUAAUAAUAAUAAUUUUAUUGUUGAUGAGGUUGCAAAAUGUAAAAAUCAACAGAUUAAUGAAAUACAUAAUAAAAUUUGUGUUAAUAAUAAAGAUAUGAAUGAAAAAAAAUAUAUUAGAAGUACAGGCAAAUUAAAAAGCUUUUAUGUCAGUGAAGCAUUUAUUAUAAAAGAAAUUCUCAUGAUCUUGUCGUUAAAUUGUCCUAUAAAAUUUAAAAAUAACUUUUAUAUGAACUGUUCAGAUUUUUUAUUUAAUAAAAUAAUGGACAAGCAAAAAAUUAAAGAUGACUUUUUAUUUUAUAUUAAUAUUGAAAAGAGAGAGGAAUGUUAUGAAAAAAUUAAUGGAAAAACUUAUAAAAAAAAAAAAAAAUUAUUCUUUGAAAAAUUGAAUGAGAAAAAUAAUAUUUCUACUAUAUGUUACCAUGUUGUUAUAAAAAAAAUGAUGAAUAUGAAAUUAUAUAAUAUUAAAAAUAAAAUAUUUAAUAAUUAUAUUAAAAAAAUGAAGAAAAUAACUAAAAAAUUAUUUUAUAUAAAUAUGUUUAUAUGUAUAAUGGAUAAUUUUAGAAAUUUUCUUUCUUUCUUACCUUACGAUUUAUAUGACAUUUUCAAUUAUAUAAUAAAUAUCAAAGAAAAUAUGGAUAACGAAAAUGCUAAGAACAAUAAUGCAUUUCUUUCAUUCCUUUUUAAUAAUAUGAUAAGUGUUAAUAUUGACAAUAAUAAGGAUCAUAAUAAUAAUAAUAAUGAGAAGUAUAAUAUUUAUAUUAAUAGUAAUUGUAACAGUUAUAAUAAUUAUUCUGAAGGGAAUUUUUUAAACUGCUUUUUAAGUUCAUUAAAAAAUAUAUAUUCCGAAUGGAUAAGAAUUAUAAAUAUAUUAUACAGUUAUCAUAACUUCUUAAUAUUAAGACAAUACGAUAUUGUUAGUGUUACUAAAGAGCAAAUUGUGAAUCUAUUAAAACAAAUAGAGGACAUUAAAAUUUUGAAGUAUUUGAAAUUACGUCAUUUUAUUAAAUAUAGGAAAAGGAAAAAUGGAACGGAUAGAAAAUAUGAACAUUAUAUAAGAAAUAAAAUUAAUAAUAAGGAAAAUAAUAAUAUAUACACAAAAAAAUAUAAUAUGAAUAUGAUAAACAAAGGUAUUAUUUCAAAUAAUUCGUGUAAUAAUAAUAAUAAUUAUUAUUAUUAUUAUAAUGAUCAAGAACUAAUUGAAGAAAUAUCUUCCUUUCGAUCAUUAAGUUUAAUUCGUUUAAAUUAUUUAAUAAUAAAUUAUCUUUUUAUGUGGGAUAAUAUAUAUGAUUUCAUAAACGUCAUUUUAUCAUAUUCAUUAUAUGAUUCAAAUGUUUAUUCGUAUUUUUAUAAUAAUCAUAAAAAAAAGGUAUAUAAUAAGAAAUUAUAUUCUACACAUUAUGAUAAUGCUAAAAAAUUUUGUGUGUGUUAUGAUAUGUUCAUAUUAUAUUGGAGAAAUUCUCAAAUAUUAAAUAACAAAUAUUUAGAAAAAGUAUUCAGAUAUUUUUUAGAUGAAUUAAAUAUAUAUUAUUCGAAAUAUAUAAAUGAUUGGAUAAAGAAAGGGCAAAUAUUUGACAAAAAUAAUGAAUUUUUUAUAUGCCCUGAAAAAAAUGAAAACGUGAUAUAUCCUUACAAUUACACUACAUUAGAUAUUAAAAUAGAAAAUGAAUAUUUGUUAUGUCCAGAAUUUUUUCAUUCUUUUGUUUCUUAUAUAAUAAAUUUAGGGAAUAAUAUUCGUUUACAUAUGAAAAUUAAUAAUGAGAAAAAUAAUAUUGAUUAUGUUGAUUAUUAUGUAAGAGAAGAAUUGAAUCAAUAUCGAAAUAUAUCUGAAAAUAAUAAUGAUAUGUAUUAUAAUACAUAUAAUAAUUUACCUUUUGUUUGUAAUGAUGAUAAUUCGAAUGACCUUUUAUUUUUUGGAGAAUAUACUAAUAAUAUGAAAAGUUUACAUUUAAAUACUCUUAAUUUUUAUUAUAAUUUAGAAAAUUUAAAAGACGACCCUAAUAGUUCAUUGGAUAUAUUAUGUAAAUUUUUAAAGAUAAAUAAAAAUAAAUGCUUACCUUAUUUUAAUAAGAAUAUUAUAUCAUUAAAUAUAUCUUAUGAUAUAUAUAUAAAGAAAUAUAUGCAAGAACAAUUUUUUGAAAUAUAUCAUAGAAGUAAUCGUAUAUUUUUAUAUAGUUUAAUGAAAUAUUGUUAUUUGUUGGAAUAUUUUUCUUGUUUACGUAGUUUAGUAUUUUUAGAAAUCAAUGAUUAUAUUUCACCUUUUUUUGAAUUUAUUUUUAAAGAAAAUUCUUUUCUUAUAAUUGAUGAAAGGAACAUGAAUUCUAUUUUUAGACAGUGUGUUUAUAAUAAUACAAAUAUAAUAUUACAGAAAAAAAAAAAAAAAAAAAAAAUUUAUACAGAUGAUGGAAAUUAUACUUGCUCCUUUUUUUUACAUCAAAAAUUUACAUUAAUACAUAUGAAAAUAAUAUUAUCAAAAAUAAAUGAUAUGGAAAAUAAUAAGAAAAACCAGAAGAAAAGAAUCUUAUUACAUAUGCAAAAUGAUAAUAAAAUAAUACAAACUCUUAAUGAAUAUAAUAAUCCAAUAAAUUUUGAAGAAAGAUAUUAUAAAAAAAUCAAUGGUGUAAAGGAUAACAUGUCUUUACUACAAAAUGAGGAAGAUACACAAUAUAUAAACAAUAAUAAUAUGGAAGAUAAUAUUAUAUAUGAAAAUUAUAACACAUGUGCUGAUAAAAAUAGUUUUGAUAACAGAAAUUAUAAUGCCAUUCAAUAUAAUAAUACAAAUAAUAUUAAAUGUUCAUCCGAUUUUAAAUUUGAUGAGAAUUUAAGAAAAUAUUCUAUAUGUGAAAAAUUGACUAACACAUUUUAUAAAGAAGAAAUAAUAUCAAACAUAUAUAAAAACUUUUAUUUAAAAUUAAAAGAAAAUACAUUAUAUAAUAAUAAUGUAAAUGUUAUUAGUUAUCGAAAUUUAAUUAUAGAAUCUAAAGGAUCACCUUUUAUUAAUUUUUUAUUUGAUUCAAAAUGUUUAGAAAAAUAUUCUGCAAUCUUUUCCUAUUUCUUAGAAAUUAAGAAAUCUUUUCAUAUAUUAAAUUUGGUAUAUAUAUUUUAUAAAUAUGUGAAAUCCAAAAAACCUGUACAUUUUGAUAACUAUUAUAUGAUAUUAAGUUCAUUAUGUGUAUUAAAAUAUAAAAUUUAUUUUUUUAUCAACACAUUGUAUACAUAUUUCCAAUGGAUCUUAAAAUAUUCAUGGAACCGUUUUAUAAUAAAUUUAUCUGAAUCCAAAUCAUUAACUCAUAUCAAAAAAAAUCAUGAAUCUUAUAUUAAUUUUUUAAUAGAAACUAUAUUAAUACCAAUAAAAACUCCACAUCAAGAAUUAUAUAAUUAUUAUAUAAAUGAGGAAUAUAAAGAUAAUGAUAUUUAUAAACAAUAUGAACAAAAAUUUUUUAAUUCUAGUAUUAGAAAAAAUGAUCAAGAUAGUAAUAUUUCCUCGUCAGCACAUUAUAUAAAUAAUAUAUCAUCUCAUAAUAUGGAUACCAAUUUAUUACUAAAUAAUAAUUCUACAAAUAUAAUAAUAGAUAAAACCAAAAACUAUACGUAUGUUCAUCAAAAACAAAAAUAUAAUAAUAUAAAAGAGAAUAUAAUAUAUAAAGAGAGGAAUGCUUUCUUAAAUAAAAAUUCUAUGGAUAAACAAUUCUUACUUAACGAAUUAUUUUCAAAUAAUAUUUUAAACUUAAUUUUUAUUCCAUCACAAAUAUAUGAAAUACUUUUAAAACUAAGUAAAUUUCUAAAAAUAAAAUUUGAUCUUAAUUUUGAUAAUUCUUAUUAUAACACAUAUGAAAAUUAUUAUAGAAAUGAAUUCAAUACAAGUGAAGAAUAUGACGAGGAAUCUAAUGAAAAUUCUGACAACGAUAUGAAUGAUGAAUGUAAUGAAAAUUCUGAUAAUGAUAUAAUAAAAAUUAAAAACAAUUUAUUAAAUACUAGCCAAAAUGAUAACAAUAAUAAUAGUAAUUUAAAAAAGUUAGAAACUGAACAAUUCAUUUUUUCUAUAAAAAAUGAUAUAAAAGCUUUAACAAAAAUUUUUGAAAUUAAUUACACAGAAUUUAUGAAAAAAUUAAAUAUAAUUUCAUUUAAUGCUGAAGAUGAUACUUUUUUUGGUCCCAAUAAAAAUUAUGAAUUAUUUAAUCAUAUAAUAAGAUUAGACAAAAAUAUUCUUAAACAAAUUUCUAUUCUAGAAUAUAUGUUAUCAUUCCAAUCACAUAAUAAUACAACCGAUGUUAUAAAUUAA